AAUGGCUAACCCUGGGGCAGCUCCUGCAGAAGGUGGAAGUUCAGCAGUGAGGAGCCCUGAGGGGGGUGGGAUCCCACCCACCUUCUUUGAAACGCAAACUGAGAGCAGCGUGGCAAGGCAACAGCAUGAAUGGGGGCCAUGGCAGAGUGCCUGGAGCUGGGAGCCCCAUGCUCACAUCCUGCUCCUCUCCAAAGAUGUGCUCCUGGAUGCUGACCUGUUGCUUAGCCCUUCAGCACCUGGCCGUGCAGGCCUCCUUGCUCUGCAUCUUCCACCUCCUCCUGCUGCCUACCCUGCCCAAGGAGCUGCUUCAUGGCCAGGCCACCAGCGAGCUGCUGGCAUGCAGCCUCUUUGCCUGUGGCAUCUCCACGGUGCUGCAGACCACCCUGGGGAGCCGGUUGCCGCUGGUUCAAAUCCCAUCCUUUGAGUACCUGGUCCCUGCCAUGGUGCUGAGCUCCCACCUGUCUCCCAGUGCCAGCACAGACAAGAAUGGAACAGCCAUGGCCAGCACAUGCCCUGCACCACAUUGCACUGUCACAGGGAGCCGGGCUGCCUCGUUGCAAGAGGUCUCUGGAGCAGUGCUGGUCUCUGGGCUGAUUCAGUUGGUACUGGGAGUGUCUGGCAUGUGCGGGUGGGCAGCUCGGCACUGUGGGCCCAUGGUCCUGGCUCCCAGCCUCUCCAUCAUCGGGCUGUCUGCAUACAAGGAAGCCGCUUUCUUCUGCUCCACUAACUGGGGUGUAGCGCUGCUGCUCAUGUUCCUUGCUGUCACCUUCUCCCAGCACCUGCGGUCCUGCCGCCUGCCCUUCUGCGCCUGGCCCCACACUCGGGAGGGCUCCACAGAGCCAUCAGUUCCCACCCUGCGCACGUUCUCGGUACUGCUCCCUUUUGCUGCUGUCUGCAUUGUCUGUGCCAUCCUCAGUUGCUUCCACAUACCCUGGGAAUCACUGGACCUGGCCAUGGCACAGCUGUCCUGGGCCAACAGCACCUUCCAUGCCCCUUGGGUCCGCAUCCCCUAUGCAGGUGAGUGGGGGUGGCCGCUGCUCACCCCCCGGGCAUUGGCAGUGGGCGUUGCCAUGGCCAUCGGCUGCAGCAUGAACUCAGUGGGCUGCUAUGUGCUGUGUGGGAGGCUGCUGCGAGCCUCCCGGCUGCCCACUCACGCCUGCAACCGGGGCCUUUGCAUGGAAGGGUUGGGCAGCCUCCUGGCAGGACUGCUGGGCACCCCGGGGGGCACGGCCUCCAGCAUUGCCAACACCUGCGCCACUGGCCUCACUCAGGCUGGCUCUCGCCUCUCAGUGCAAGUAAGCGCGCUGGCAUGCGUGGUACUGGGCAUGUCGCCGAGGCUGGCAGGGCUCCUCACCCGCAUUCCGCUGGCAGUUCACGGAGGGGUGCUCUGUGUCACCUACGCCGUGGCUGUGGGCACGGGGAUCUCCUACUUCCAGUACGCAGACAUCGACUCAGGGAGGAACAUCUUCAUUGUCGGCUUUGCCAUGUUCAUGGCACUGCUGGUGCCGCGGUGGUUCAGUGCAGCUCUGACUCACCUGGCCACAGGCUGGGUGCCACUGGACCUCCUCUUCCUCUCCUUGCUCAUGGUGCCUGUCUUCUUAACUGGCUUCUUGUCAUUUUUUCUGGAGAACACGGUCUCAGGAACCCUGGAGGAACGAGGGCUGCUCUCUGAUCUGGCACCUGGGAAAGCUGGGGCAGGUGAUCGUCAUCCCCGUGGAGAGAGGGGAGAAGUCAGCCAAGCAUACGGGCUCCCCACUGGGCUGAGGAGGCUGCUGCCAUCCUCCUGCAAAGCCUUCCCCUGCUGCUUCCUCUGCCCAAGAACUGAGGAAGAGGAGGAGGGCAGCUGUGCCACUGAGCAGGGGACUGCUGCUCCAGGGGAAGGGACACACCUGCUCCCCAAACCCAGCUCUGGGGAGCUGCAGCCAGCAAUGAGGCCAAGCCAGACAGAGGUGCCCGCAUGGCACACUGUGGCCUGACCCUGUGGUGUGGGGAUGUCUUGCGUGAAACAAGGGCUGUGUCCCCAAGGCAGCUUGUGAGCCACUUUGCUUCUCAUUUCUGAAGCCCAUGUGGACUGGAGGGCUCUGAGGUUCCACCCUCCCAGCACAAACCUGAUUUCCCUGCUUGGGAGCAAGAUAUAAAAACCUUCAACCAACUUCACCCUUUCCAGGGGUUUCCUUUCCAGACAGGAUUUGCCUGGGGAAUCCCCUGCUGCCCUGAGGACUGUGACUGGAGGGCAUGGCCACCUGGUGACUCUGCUGCUGAGG